GAUUCCUCAUUGACAACGAACGAUCAAAGUCCAGAUAUUUAUAUGCGUUUUUAUAGUACUGACUGACAGUCAGAUCACGAGUAUUUAAAUAACACCUGUUGCCGGGAUUAUUCAGCCCAUCUGCCUGCCAUCAAACAAUGUGCGUGUAUAUUUGUCUAUAUAUCGAAGUACGGGAGAUGUGAUGGAACUUAAUGUCAAAUAACUAUACAACUGUGCGCUGCGCAGUCACUGAACCACCCCGAAUACUUCUGUCAAUGCGAAAUAGACAUCGACUUUUUUUCUCUUCUGUGUUACAUCAUCACCUAUCGACGGAGAUAUCGUCGAAGCGUGACCAAAGAUUAAGCGGGUAGUCUUCGUUAUUUGUUAUCCAGUAUAACUGAUUUAGUUCAUCUAUGGUGUAUCGUCUGACAUGGCGGAGCUGCCAGGCGGUUACGGGGCCGUGUUGUUUGCUCUCCUCGCUACCCUAAUAUGCGCCGUCGCUCGCCGUCUCAUCAGGCGAUUACCAGCGGGGGGCAGCGCACGAAGGUAUGCCGGGGAGAUCGUGUGUACGUUCCAGCUAGUCACGGGAAUGCUGGAAGGUGAUGUGGUCAUGGAGGAGAACGGCUUGGUGGCCUAUGUUGUCUACCUGUGGUUCCUCUUUGUACUUCUUGGCUUCACCUUCGAUAAGGACUGCACAGCUAACCUGGGUCUGGCCUGGCAGGCAUGGUUACGUGGGGAGGUCGAUGCCAUGGAUGCCAUCAGCACAUCUUGCUCCCAGGUACUUGGAGGCCAGCUCGCCUUCCCGUACGCCAAGCGUCUCUGGCGUACCGCCCCCACGGCGCGUCACGGCAUCAAGUGGCAGGCCAUGAUACAGGAGCAGUGCAACUCUGCGCUACACGCCUCACUGCUGGGCGGCGUAGCGGCAGAAGCCCUGGCCACUCUGUUGUACUUCGCCGCCAGGAAGUACCUGAUGCCGCGAGGCAAAAUGAGGAGCAUUGCCUUCGAUUCUGCCGUCCAGGUUGUCAUUAUCGCAUUAGGUGCAGAGUGGACCGGGAUGAUGUUUAACCCCGCCCUAGCCUCGGCCUUGACCUUCAACUGCCGCAAUCACCCGGUAGGCGAGCACCUAUUGGUCUAUUGGGUGUCACCGCUGGCAACCAUUGCUCUCUUGCAUGCUGUGACGACGCGGGGACCAGUCAAAUCUGUGACUAACGGGACCAAGAAAGCAGAAGCCAAAUCGUCCUGACUUUGAGAACAGGAACGGUAACGCGCCAACGGCACAAACCGAAAUUGUAGCCACAAAGUAACGAUGUUUGAUACGGCCUUUAUAAUUAUGUAUACAGGGUGAGUCCAAAAAA